UGCCCUUUUUAUUUUUCUUAAUAACAAUGUUUUUUGCAUCUCUCUCCCAAUCAUAUGACUCUCAGUCUCUCAGCUCCCUGCGAUCUCUAGCCUGCUAACUAAGCUUUGUAUGUAUAUAUAUCUUACAUAAACAACUCCCUCAGUCCCAAUCAUAUUAUACUCUCUCUUGUUUGUGUGGUUAAGUUGCAGAUAGAGUUCGACCUAAUUGAGAUCAUAGAAAUAGAGAUCAUGGGAGAUUCUUCAUCAGCAUCAUACAUACACAUGGUGCAGCACCUGAUAGAGAAGUGUUUGAUCUACCACAUGACCAAAGAGGAGUGCAUGGAAGCUCUUUCUAAACACGCAAACAUCCAACCUGUCAUCACUUCUACUGUUUGGAAUGAACUGGAGAAAGUGAACAAGGAGUUCUUCGAGGCGUAUGAAGAGUCUCAGAACAAAGGAGAUCGAAUGUCAGAGGAAGAGACAAGCCAAUUGAUCCAAAAGAUGAUAUCGGAUUCCAAAGAUUCCGACGACUAGUUAUUUACGCACUCAUGCCAUCAAUUUGUCGAUCGAAAGCGAUCUCACCUUGGCGUCUGCUUUCUGGUUGGUAGCCUCAGAUAUGUGCAGCCAAACUACAAUGGCCAAUAAGAUCGAAUGAUCGUCUUAUUAUCCGACCCCAUGCACAGAUACAUAUAUUUAUGUAUGGUAUUAUUCUCUGUAUGAAAAUAAAUAAUAAUAAAACCACGUUUAAUUA